CAAACACAUGCAUGUGGUUUCGCUGUUUGUAACUUUUUCCACCUGAUUCGUGUAAAUGUAUUGCAUAGUAAGCAAGCCGAAUGCGCGCACGACUUUCCAGUGUAAUGAGAAUGUGAUUAUAAUGUAAGAGGCGCAAACAAACGGCACGGUCGUCGUUGUCGUCGAUCAACGCUGAAUUGACGGAGCAAAACAGAAAACAGCAACAGUUAUAGGUAGUAACUCGAGCCGGUCAGACGCAAAAGAAACGUGUGUCUGUACAUACAAAUAAAAUCCAAUAUAUCGAAUUGGCAUAUCACUUGUUAUCCAAUUCUUCGUUACUUAUCUCGUUUUUUUCUCAUUCCAAAAAGGUAAUUAGCGAGAUAAAGUUUUAGCCGUAAUUCAACAAGUUUUUAUCUCAAGUAAAUUUUUUUUCGUACAAAUUUUAUCAGUAUCGUUGUUUGUGCAGUUCAACGGCAAAAAAAAGUAACCAGUGGCAUUAAAUUGGUCUUGAGAAACUCUAUUUGUGUGCAAAAAAUUUUGUGUAAUUUUCAGAACGAAAAAACAAAUUUUUUAUCUGGAUUUGAACAAUCGAGAUUCGGAAUAGAAGUUGAUACCAGCAUGCGACAGAUUGGAGCUGAGAAUCACGAUCCAUUAAAACGUAUUCAGGCCGAAAUUAACGAGGUUGAGCAACGGGAGCGCGAACAUCGCGAGAAACUAGCUACCGCUACGAAAAUGUUGUCACAAUCGCAUGACGGUGAUUUUGUCGAUGAUGCUGGCAUUGAUCCAUCAAUGUCGCCUAUUAGCGAUGGCCACUCAAGCUUGUCAAGCACCCCGGAUAAAGACCCAUGUAGCGACAGUGUUUCGGCAUUCUCUGACGAUUCCGGCAUUUCGUCAGCUUCAAGCCCAAUCAACGGGCAAUCGGCUAAUGAAAUCGAUCCACCGAAAAAUAUGUCAAACAUCAACUCACCGUCGAAGUAUAUUCGCUUGAAUACCGUUCAGAAUGCAAUUUCGGCCAGCCCAUUCAAGGCGAACACAACGUCUGGCGUCGCUUCGAAAAUCAUUUCACGCACUACAUCUACGCCACAAAUUUUUGUACCGGGCAUAACACCACGAUUUCAAAUUAAUCCAGCCAAAAAAGGACUCAUGCAACGCUUCAUCUCGACUCGUGGUAAAAUGGCUGCUGCAGCUAAUGCCGCCAAUGCGGCCAAUUCAAUCAACAAUAAUAAUGAUAACAACAUCACAAAAAAUGGCGUUGGUGCAAUGGAAACGACUCAGAAACAGAAUGGAUUUGCAAACAAACGGAAUGACGCGAUUUUGACUUCGUUGGAAUUGAAUCGCACGCCGUUCAUGCUACAGCAAGAUUCUUCAUCACCGCCAAUCAUCGAACGAGAUGCUACUGGCAAGCCAAUCCGUCGUGGUUUCAUUCCAGUUGAAGAGAAGAUCCAAAAGGAAUUACGUGACAUACGCUCACGUGAAACCGAAUUGAAGCGAAUGCGUCGCAAUCAGCUGCUCCAAUCGCAACCGGAUUUAUUGGACUGUGUCGAUCAAGGUGUUGACUGUGACUCAACUGGUGAAGACUCCGAUGAUGAGCCCUGCUACAAGCUACGAUCAUCAAAAUCGAUCAGCGAAUUGUGUGACGCAUUGACACAAAAUACUAGUCUUUCGCCAAGAGAAUCGCCAAGUCCAUUAUAUUAUCAGCGAGAGAUGAGCCGAAGUGUAUUGAAGCCGGCCGUAUCGUUGGCGCAAUUGUGCGAUGUAGAUCCAAGCGAGACACCAUCUUCGCAUCGUCUCAUCGCUCAAUGGGAGAGUAUCAUACAGAAAAAUCAAUAAAUCCGUUCGCUAUGCCGGUACCAGUCUUGCAACUACGUCUCUAGAGAGGAGAAAAAUAUUGUAGAAAUGAUGAAACGCAGCACAUUUUCAAUAAUCUAAAUUGCACACCAUACAAAAAAGGAACAAUACUGCUAUUCUAUUUAAAUUUGCUCAAACUCUAUCAUAAAGCUUCUUCUAAUCUUAAAUUUAUUACCUUUUCCCAACUCCUCUUCCCCGGCCAGCCUUUAGCAAUUUUAUUUGUUCUAAUUUUUGCACGAAAUCAUUUAUGAAAAUUAGAUUUUAAAUAAUUAUCUUAAGGAAUUUUCUCAUUUGGUGGCAUUUUUCAUCUUCUUUCUUCUGAUCUAUUAUUAUCGCCGGCGAGAUCAACACGUUUUUUCCACCCCCAUCAAAAUUAAAACAUAAAAUGCGAUCCAUACGAUGUUCAAUCAGAAGAGAGAAGAGAAUAUUUUGUAAAGUAAUUAAAGAAAAUAAAACGAAAAAAAAGAGUUGAAAAUGGUCAAAAUUAGCUGUGAAUCGCAUGGAGUUAGAGAGAAGGAAAAAAAAACAAAUCGAUACAAUUUAACUUAAUUGAAACAUAUUUUAAGUGAACAAAUAUUACGAGAAAAUCACUUGUUUAUUAUUGGUAAAUUCUACAUUUCUUUUUUUUUUUUUUAAUUACCUAAUUAAGAAAAUGAAGCGAUUUCAAUGCGAAAUCGUAAUUGCAUACAAUAAUUUAACCACAAAUUUAUUGAAGCAUAAAAAUAAAUGUAUUCUUUUUUUAUUUCAAAAAUUAAAA